UGUACUAUAAACCCCAGCGCAGCACAUUUCGCCGGAAGUGGAAGCCGCCUCCCUCUCGAAUUUAGACCCAAAUCGAAAAGCCCUCAGCGACUAGCGUGAUCUUGCUUUCUCCUUCUCCCUCUCUACCAACCCAGGCCUGACCCAGAAGCUCACUGCCUCUCUCUCGAAACCCCUCCCAGGUUUAUGUGUUAAGCUACAGAAACGAAGCAAGUUUGUCUCUGGGAUUGUCGUAUUUCACAGUGAAGAAGCUAGGAAUUUGAGAAAUGGCAAGCCAAGUAGCUAGUACUUUCAAUGGCAACAUGAAGAGAGCACUUGCUGGAAUAAAACGCAUCAAUUUGGAAGGUCUGAGGUGGAGAGUGUUUGACGCCAAAGGCCAGGUUCUUGGAAGAUUGGCAUCUCAAAUAUCUACCGUGAUUCAAGGCAAGGAUAAGCCAACAUACGCACCAAAUCGGGAUGAUGGGGAUAUGUGCAUUGUGCUUAAUGCUAAGGAUAUCUAUGUCUCAGGAAGAAAGCCCACUGAUAAAAUUUAUUACUGGCAUACUGGGUAUGUUGGCCAUGUCAAGGAAAGAAGUUUGAAAGAUCAGAUGGCCAAAGACCCUACCGAAGUCAUACGUAAAGCUGUAUUGCGCAUGCUGCCACGAAACAAACUGCGUGAUGAUAGAGAUCGAAAACUGAGAAUUUUUGCUGGAGAUGAACACCCAUUUGGCGACCGACCACUCGAGCCAUAUAUCAUGCCACCUCGUAAUGUAAGAGAGAUGCGUCCACGUGCAAGACGAGCCAUGAUUCGAGCACAAAAAAAGGCAGAACAACAACAAAAUGGCGACAAUCAUUCCAAGAAAAAUCGAAAGAAGGAAGAAAAGGUAGAAGAAGUGAUUGCAUAAACAGGACCUAAUUUCUUCCAUCCCAGUGGAGUUUGUUUGGAUCAUAUAAUCAGCCAUGGCAUAGCUGAAGUAGUCUGGAACUCACUCAUUUAGUUGCAUCAAAGCUGGCUUUAAAUUUGGUUGUAGCUUUGGAUUUGAUAUCAUUUGUAAAGUUAUGAUGUCAUGUUUUCUUCAAUGCCUGAAUUUCCAUGGGAGCUUGUUUUAUUUUCUUUGAGAUUCAUAUCUUUUGCUUGAAUGCAAUGGAUCAGUUAUCUAUUA